CAAUUUUGAAAUAUUCGUUGAAAAUUACAAAGAAUUUCUUAUCUUAUUUUAGAAAAGUUAAACCCUUACUAUUGUAGACCAAUUAGUAAUAAACAGGGUAAACUGCAAUACUGAGGUCUACAAAAUGCGGAAUUUAUUAUGGAUUGGAGCCGUAUUAUCGGUUUUACACAUAUCUACGGCACAGACUAGUCCUUGUGAUGGUCAAGGUUGUUAUCCUGACAUUGGCGAUUUGUUGGUUGGCAGAGAAGAUAGAUUAACAGCCACAUCAACAUGUGGACAAAAGGGCCCAGAAAACUACUGCAUUGUUAGUCAUUUGAAAGAUGAAGAAAAGUGCUUUAUUUGUGAUGCCCGUGAUCAAUCCACAAAUCACAAUGUUGAAAAUGUUAUCACGACUUUCCGUGAGAGACUGGGAACAUGGUGGCAAUCUGAAAAUGGAGUCGAUAAAGUCUCAAUCAGACUUGAUUUGGAAACUGCUUUUCACUUCACUCACUUGAUUAUGACUUUCAAGACCUUCCGUCCUGCUGCUAUGAUUAUUGAAAGAUCAAACGAUUAUGGCAAAACAUGGAGAGUGUACCGAUACUUCGCUUAUGACUGCAACGAGUUUUAUCCCGAUAUGCCCCUGUUUCCUCCCCGGGAAAUUGAUGAAGUCAUCUGUGAUAGUCGUUACUCACUCAUUGAACCAUCUACCGAGGGCGAAUUGAUUUACAAAGUUCUGGAACCUUCUCUGAUCCCAUUUGAUGAUCCAUACUCACCAAGGAUUCAGGAUCUUCUCACUAUUACUAAUCUCAGAAUCAAUUUCACCCACAUGCAUACCCUUGGUGAUGAUCUUCUUGACAACCGAGAAAACAUCAAAGAAAAAUAUUAUUAUUCUCUUUAUGAAUUGAUUGUACGUGGAAAUUGCUUCUGCUAUGGUCAUGCUGAUGAAUGUCGACCAAUCGAUGCUUCUUUGGAACGUCCUGAUCUUGUUAGAAGGGAUCUCUUCCAGGUAAAUGGACGAUGUGUUUGUCGGCACAACACCCAAGGUCUCAACUGUAAUGAAUGUCUUCCCUUUUACCAUGAUCAACCAUGGCGACCUGCUGACAGAGGACAACCUAACGAAUGCAAACGGUGUAAUUGUAACAACCAUGCUGAUGAAUGCCAUUUUGAUGCCGCUGUUUAUGCUGCCACUGGUGGUGAAUCUGGAGGAGUGUGCGAUAAUUGCAGAGAUAAUACUAUUGGAAGAAACUGCGAACUCUGUCGACCAUUCUUUUAUCAUCAUCCUGAGAGAGACAUCCGUGACCCUAAUGUUUGUGAAGCAUGUAAUUGUGAGGUGGCUGGUUCCUUGAACGAUGGGAUGUGUGAUGGGCGAACAGAUUCUGACCUUGGCAUGAUUGCUGGUCAGUGUCGAUGCAGACAAUAUGUUGAAGGUGAAAGGUGCGACAGAUGUAAACCAGGAUAUUAUAACUUGGAUGAAACAAACGACUUCGGAUGCACACCUUGUGAUUGUGAUUCUCUCGGCACACUCGAUGGUAGCAACCAAUGUGAUCCAACCACUGGACAAUGUAUUUGUAAGAGACAUACUACUGGAAGAAGAUGUGAUCAAUGUGCACCUCAAACCUGGGGACUUAGUGCUGACAGUGGUGGAUGUCGGGAUUGUAAUUGUGAUGUGGGUGGUUCUUAUAACAAUGACUGUGAUGAUUCCACUGGUCAGUGUGAUUGCCGACCCCAUAUCACUGCUCGACAAUGCAGCAUCGCUGAAGCAGGAUUCUUUGUGCCUUUCUUGGAUCAUUAUACAUUUGAAGCAGAAGAUGUAUAUGGAAAUGAGAAUACAUUCAGAUAUAACCAGAAAUAUGCACCACCAAUGAUUUGGACUGGAUAUGGUUUCAAAAUGGUUCGGGCUAACGGAAUCAUCGAAUUCAUUGUAUCGGGAUUGCCAGCUUCUAUGGAUUAUGAUUUUGUUCUCAGAUAUGUACCUUAUAAUGAUGUCACAGUGGACAAUGUUAAAGUUACUAUAAUUAGACCAAAUGCUGGAAACAUUCCGGUAGGAAGCCCAUGUGAUAAUACUAAACCCGGUGAUGAUGAUUGGGUUGCUUCACUUCGUGGUCAUCCAACUUCAUUCGAGAAUCUUGGUUCACAUUGUUUGGAAAUGGAAUACAAUUAUGCUGUUCGAUUUGAAUUCCCAGAUGGUAUGGAAGGCAUUAACAUCGAUUCACUUGUCCUCGUUGCCAACUACUCUGGAAUAAGUAUGUUCCAUGGAUCUAUAGCCGGUGCAGAAAGAUCUAGAGAAUUCGAUGAACUGAAAUGCCAAGACAGAGCCAUGCAGUUGCCCAAACAACCUCAGAAUGAAAUUUGUGCUGGACUUGUCUUUUCUAUGAAUGCUAUUUUGCAUGAUGGUGCUUUAGCCUGUGAUUGUGACCCUCAGGGAAGUGUUAGCUCAAUCUGUGAAAAGAACGGAGGACAAUGUGUUUGCAAACCUAAUGUUAUGGGAAGAAAAUGUGACAAAUGUGUUCCAGGAACAUUUGGCCUUGGCCCAGAUGGCUGCAAACCUUGUGACUGCAAUGUUGACGGUGCUAGGUCACCAGAUGUUGAAUACUGCAAUACAGAAACAGGAGAAUGUACUUGCAGAAAUGGAGGCAUUACUGGACGUCAAUGUGAUCAAUGCAAAGUAGGGUUCUAUAAAUUCCCAGAAUGUAUUCCAUGUGAGUGCAAUGGACAUGCUGAAGAAUGCAACCAGGAUACAGGAAUGUGCUUGAACUGUGGGCAACACACAAUUGGUGAUCAUUGUGAAUUUUGCGAAGAUGGAUAUUAUGGAGAUCCAAGACUUGGAAGCCAAGAUCAAUGCAAACCCUGCAUGUGUCCUGGUGGACCAGACAGUAGCAGACAAUUCGCACAAACAUGCAGCGAAACAUAUGAUCCUCUGACUGGCACAAAUCAAGUUUUGUGUGACUGCAUGCCACAAUAUACAGGUGAAACCUGCAAUCAGUGUGCUCCUGGACACUACGGAAAUCCACAUGCAGCCGGUGGUCAGUGUAUCGCUUGUGAAUGUAACGGCAAUGUUGACCCUUCAAAUCCCGGAGCAUGUGAUGCAAGCACAGGAGAAUGUACAGCUUGUUUGCACGACACUGCAGGUCCACAUUGCGAAGUUUGCAGAGAUUUCUACUAUGGAAAUGCCUUAUCAAAAGAUUGCAGAUUGUGUGCAUGUGAUGUCGCUGGAACUGAGCCGUCACAAUGUGUUGGUGGACAUUGUCAUUGUGACAUGAAUACUGGUCAGUGUCCUUGCCUGCCCAACAUGACUGGCCGAAGAUGUGAAAGCUGUUUACCAAAUCAUUAUCGAGGUUCCAAUGGUGAAGGAUGCAUUCCAUGCAAUUGUCACGAGACUAACUCGCUUGGAGCAACUUGUAAUGAGUACACUGGACAAUGCGAGUGCAAAGAUGGAUUUGGUGGUUUAACUUGCGGAGAUUGUGCUGAUGGAUAUUGGGGAAAUCCUAAUAUUGCAUGUUACGAAUGUGAUUGUGAUCCGUUGGGUUCUGCACAUGUGCAAUGUGAUCGUGCUACUGGACAAUGUCCUUGUAUUGAAGGUGUUGGUGGAAGAUAUUGUGAUCGUUGUAAGAGAGGAUUCACAGGAGAUAUUCCAUCUUGUGAACCUUGUGGUGAAUGCUUUGACAACUGGGAUAAGAUCAUCAGUGAUCUGAAAGAAAGAACAGAAAAAGCGAUUGCACAUGCUCAGGCCAUUGAAGAAACCGGAAUCACUGGCGCUUACGAAGAUGAUUUCACUAAAAUUGAAAAAACACUGAAAGAAAUUGAAGAUAUUCUCGCAAAAUUGGAUGAAGCUGCUGAAGGAGAUAACUUCAGAGAUGUGAUUGAUGACAUCAGGGACAAGCUCUCCACCCAAGAAAAACGUCUUGACAAGAUGGAGAAAGACAUGGAAAAACUGAGAUCAGAUGAUGAAUCUAUCAAUGAUUGGUUGGAAAAGAGUGAAGAUGAAUUAAAUCAAAUGCGUGAGAAAUUAGAUGGAUUGAAAGAAGAAAAGAGAAACAUCAGCAAGGCAUCUCCUGCAGCUGCAUACAAGCAAGUGGAAGACGCGGCACAGAGAUCAGAAAAUGCUGAACGUGCUGCCAAGGCCGCCACAACUGAACCAGGCAGUCUUGUGAAACAGUCAGAAGAUGUCCGUGCUGAGGUUGAGCUUACUUUUGCAUCUAAACUCGAAGAAUUUGACGAUAAGAGGCAGCAAGUUGAGGCCGAUCUCGAAGAUAACAAAGCUAAAGUUGAAGAAUUGUCUCUUGCUGAUAUUAACCGGGACGUCUGUGGUCAGGCUACUGAAGAAUGUGAUGAUACUUGUGGAGGUGCAGGCUGUGAACAUUGUGGUGGACUGGGAUGCAAAGGAGCAGUAACCAAUGCAGAUGAAGCAAAAGCCAGGGCUGAGAAAACAAAAGAAAUUUUGGACGGACUCACAGCUGAUACCACUGAUUUGCAUAUCAGAAUACAGGUAACAAAAGAAAACGCGAAAGAAGCAAAACAAAUCGCUGAAGAUGCAAGAAGACAAGCUGAUGAGGUUGAAUCGAAGGUGAAAGAUCGAAACGCUAAGAUUCGUGAUUUAAUCAGACAAAUUCGUCAAUUCCUCACUGAUGAUCGAGCCAAGCCAGAAGAAAUCGAAGCACUAGCCAGAGAAGUUCUUGCCAUGACAUUGAGAGCUGAUCGAGAUGAAAUCGAUAGCCGAGCUAAAAUUAUCAACGACCUUGUCAAUUCUCUUCCUGAUGUGGAUAAUAUUUUAGACACAACACAAGAUGACCUUGAUCGAGCAAAUGCACUCCUUGCAGCAGCUGAGAAAGCUAAGGCUGAUGCUGCCGCUGUAGCUGGCGAUGCUAGGGCAGUCUCUGAAGCACUUGAACAAGCUGAAAAUGCAUCAACACUUGCCAAAGCAGCGAGAGAUAAAGCACAAAUUAAUAUUGAUUUAGCUCAACAGACAAUUAAUGAUAUUGUAGGAAUAGCAGCAGAAAUAACUGAUGCUGUAGACGGCAUUGAUGAAGAUGUUAAAAGAUUAGAAGAUCGAUUGAAAGCAAUAGAAAGCAAAAUCGUUGAUAAUUCUGUCAAUGUGGAAAAUGCAAUACAACAGACUGCAAUGGCCAUGGAUACAGCACAAGCAGCGAAAGAUGCACUGGAAGCUGAGGCAGGACUCAUUCGGUCAGCGAAUGAAAAAAUAAAUGAGAAGAAGGGUCAGGUUGAUAGAUUGACAAAGUUACGAAAAGAUGCAGAAGCAUUGCAGGAAACUAUAAAUGGCAACUUGGAUAAACUUGACGAAUUAAAUGAGAAGUUCGAUGAGCAAGAGCGUGAACUCACGACCAAGAGUAGUGAAUUAGAAUCUCUACUUGCCGAAGUAGAAAGGCUUUAUGCUUCCAUUGUAGACAAGGAGGCUGACAUUCGUCUUUGUUAAUUACAAUGGGUUUCCUGUACAGUUUUUCUCUAAGUUAAAUACUCCUACUUAUUUGUUAUAUAUAGUACUUGAGUGGUAACACGGCCAAAUUGAAGAUAUUGUUCUCAAAUCAGCAUAUUUUAUUAUUUUUUGAGUAAAAUAAUCAAACCCCCGAGAAUGAAAUAAAAUUGUUACUUUUGUAAUAGUAAAGUUUCAUCAGUUUUUAAAUUGUGUAGGAGUUUGCGUUUGAUGUGCUUCUCUUUGUCUUGUAUGCUUUCUUUUUCCGUUUUUUGUAUAUUUGUAUCGAAAUGCAGCUUUUGUAUGUCUUGAUGAAGCGUUUUUCCCCCUUUAUAACUUACUACCCCUUUCCAAUUAUCUACGAGGACGUCUUACAUAACAGUAUUAGCUCUACGGUGGACCCUAUAUUGGAGAAAGUCCACCUUUACAGCACAUCAUUGUAUCUGUAUGUCACUUUCAUAAUAUCAAAUUUGUGCUAUGUCAUAGUUGUAUUCAUAAUGUCAUCACAUACUUACACGCAAAUCAUUGUUUUAUUAUUUUAUAUCAAGUUUUGUAAUGCAUUGGUUGGAGAUUGUGAAGAAAUGUUAAGUUGGUAUUUCUGUACAUAUACAUGAUAAAUAAGACAUUUGCCACUCAAAUAAACCUUGAUAAAAUUCCCUUUAAAAGUAAGACCUUUGGAAAGUCACUAUUUUCAUUUUCCUUCACCAGUUUUGAGAAUAGAUUUCCUUUCAAUUGGUAAUAGUAAACGUGACUUCCUGAUAUGAUUCACAAGUAGGAGGUUUUUAUGUAAUAUUUUAGCUGUUUCAUGUUAAAAUUUUAUCAAAACAAGCUCCGAUAUAGUAUUUUUAUUACAUAAGUUAACGAUGAUAGCUACAUUAAUAUCAUUUCCAUUUUCUUUCACUACUAACAGAUUCACAGUCCCUCACUAUACCAACACAAGAUUCUGCCGGUCAUGUCUUUUUAUUUU